CUAACGACGAGUGGGAAAGCGGGGUUAAGGGUAGUAGGGCUUUGCUUUUUGGAAGGAGGAAACGAAGCUUUUUCAUCGUCGGCACCACAAGGGGCAAAAUGCGAGCUGCGCGGGACGAGUCGAGCAUCGAGGAGCAGAUCCUAUCGUCGGAAGACCAGGUGCAAACAAAUCACAGCGACGAGAGCUCGCAGUUGGAUGAUCUGGGAAGCUCUUCCGGAAGCUGUGAAGAGGACAAGCCGGAUGGAGGGGGGAAUCGCCGUGGCGACCAAUUUCUCCUAGAUCGCCCGGCGCCGGCGACGAAGAAGAAGAGAAUCUCCAAAGAAGGAGAGACCAAAGAUCGCGAACGAGAAGAAGAAGCGAACAGAGGAGAGAAUGGCAAUGGUGGCGAGAGAGACGAAAGCGAAGAAGACGGAGAGAGGAAGAUCCAGAAUUUGUCACAAGUACCACGAAGUGGAGAAGAUCACCACCACCACCACCACCACCAGCAGAAUCCCUUCCAGCACGAAGAGCAGCAGCAGCAUCACAACUGUUCCAAGCCGGUGUUGAAGAAACCGGACAAGCUUGUGCCGUGCCCGCGCUGCAGCAGCAUGGACACCAAGUUCUGCUACUUCAACAAUUACAACGUGAACCAGCCCCGCCACUUCUGCAAGAACUGCCAGCGCUACUGGACCGCCGGAGGGACGCUGAGGAACGUCCCGGUGGGAGCCGGGCGGAGGAAGAGCAAGCACUCGUCCUCCUCCGCUUCCUCUCACCACCAUUCUCAUCCUCACCCUCAUAGCAGUGACAAUUCCUCCUGGAACACCACCAGCACAAACAAUCACAACCACAGUCACUGUCACAACCAAAGUCGCUCCAUGAACCACUCCCAGGAACAACACCAACAUCUCCAAGAUCGUCACCAUCACCAGCAGCAGCAGCAAGAGAAGCAGCAAAAGCAGCAGCAGCAGCUCAAGAGGGAUCUCGCGUCGGAACUCAAGCAGCGAGCUGGAUCGCGGAUGCGGCUACCACCCGUGAUCCCUCAGGACCAGAUGUGCCACUUUCCAACGCCCGCGGAGACGAGCCCCUCGGGGAGCAGCAUACUCACAUCGCUCAACUCUCCGGGUGGUCCGGGCAGCAUCGGCUCCAUCUUCAACAUGCACCUGGCUGCGGCCGCGGCCGCAGCAGCCGCCGCAGCAGCCGCCGCAGCGACAGCAGCGGACAACCCGAACUCGCCCGACGCAGCAGGCAGCCCGGCCGGGAACUCGUCGUCGGUGUCGAGCAGGAUGAAUGCCUGGGUGGCGGAUUCAUCUGAAGCAGCUCUGACUCAAGCUGCAUCGGACGUCAAGGAAACCAACAGAAACGGUCCAGGUGCAGGUGCAAGUUCAGGUCUAGGAUGCGGUGGUGCAGCUUGUGUCGGAAAUGGUGGUGGCGGAUACAACAUGUUCAGCUCCGCAACUCCGGCUUGCUUCCCGUGGAUUCCAUUCGGCAACAACGCGAGCAACGCCGAAGGUGGCGGCAAUCCGGCCGAAGUUGCGAGCUGGCUGAGCAACGUCUGGGCCGCCAACUUUCCGGCCUGGGCUCCGUUCGCGGCAGCGCUUUGGGCUGGCGGAGGAGGCCCCGCUUCUUCUGCUUCUCCGAUGGGAUGGAAUGUCCCGUGGGCGGCGGCGGCGGCUGCUGCGUUUGCGGCAGCGGCGGCGGCCGCCACCUCCACCACCACCAGCGCCGCCGCCACCCCCACGAACUGUUCGUUGAACUCCGCAAACGCGACUGUUCUUGGGAAGCACCCGAGGGAUGGCAGCGGAGGGCGAUCGCUCUGGGCUCCUAAGACGCUGCGGAUCGAUGAUCCUGGAGAGGCGGCCAAGAGCUCAAUCUGGGCGACUCUGGGGCUGGAGAAAUCGGCGGCGGUCUCUCCGAGUGGUGGCGGCGGCGGCGGCGGUGGGAGGACUUGUGGAUCUUCCGGCGGCGGCAUUGUUUUCAAGUCGUUUCACAAAGGCAAGGAAGGCAGCGAAGACAAGGCGCACGCAAACCCGGCGGCGCUGUCGAGGUCUCUCAGCUUUCACGAAAGGAACUAAAAGAAGAAACGAAGAACAAAAAAUGGCCACCACCGGCGGCGCCACCUUUUGUACAGAGAAAGCGAAAGUGUAACUUAACUAUAUACAGGCUUUUUUCCUAAUGGUGAAGUUCUCUUGUUCGUA